UGGUGAGUCCCUUUUCUUACUUUUCAAAGUUGUUGCAAGAUUUCUUUCCCGUUUACCUUCCAAUCUAUCUCUCUUUCAUCACUGUGAGACUCCGAAUCAUGAAAAAUUCGAUUCCACGAUCGAUUUUUACUUUUCACCACUUCCUUAAUCUCUUCUUUAAUUCCGCUCCCUCCGCUCCUUUUUUCAAAUCCCCUCUCUCUCAUCCGCCAUGGAACAACAACUCUCUGACAUUGAACAAGUGCUCGAGUUUUUACGAAAAAAUGGGCUCUCAGACUCCGAAUCUGCACUCAUGGAUGAUAUCCUCGAGAAAUCCCAUCUGGCUUCUUUCGAUUUCCAAAGAUUCCUCUUUCCUCUAGUUCCACCCACUAUUCCAUCGGUUAAAAUUCCUGCUGCUCGCCUUCCUCCCUCUCCGCCACGGCAGAUGAUGGAGGAGGUUGAAGGUUCUUCAGAUGACGAGUUUGUCAGCUUGGGUUCUUCUACUACCGAUUUGUACUCCUCAGAAUUCACAAAUCCAUAUGGAAUAAGAACCACAAGAGGGGUUAGUUCUCAUGCUUCAUCAGAUACAUUAUCCCAAUUUGAUACAGCUCGUGAUUACCAUGAUUUUGACUUGCAAAAUGACCUAAACUGGUAUACAGAGAGAGAUGAAGACUAUUCUAUGCCGCCUUUGUUUGACAAUUCGGAUCCCUUCAGUGGUCCAACUGAGGACAAAUUUGUAACAACUUCAGAAAAAGAGAAUGGUCAACCUUUUCUUGAUCCUAUAUUCGACCCUUUUGAACAAACAAACUAUCUGGAUAAACCCUGGCCUUUGACUUCCAUUGGGUAUGUCAAAGAUGGCGUUAAAGUCACUGAUUAUUAUGAUUUACAUGGAAAGUAUAUUGAGCAGGACCUAAAUGGUGCAACUGUAUAUAACUCAAAUAAAGGAAUUAGCUUUAAAGAUUUUCAAGAAACUGACACGGGUUGUAAAUCAGAUGUAUGUAGUUGGUGUCUCAAAGAAAAUAAAAGAACUUGCGAUUGUUAUCUUCUUGGGGUUUCUAAUAAUACCCAUGAACCACAAAAUCAGGUGGGUCAAAAAGAUGUUGACUUUAAUGUGAAAAGUGAUUCAGAGGGUAAAAAAGAUCAUGACUUUAAAAAAGGUGAUGUGGAUGCCACCAAUGAUGAUCUUUUGAUGCAUGGAAAUGAAGAUGAAUAUGAAGUAUUUGAUUUAAGAAUUAUACACAGGAAAAACCGGACGGGUUUUGAAGAAAAUAAGGAUUUACCUAUUGUUAUAAACAGUGUGAUUGGCUACAGAUAUUGUGUUACUGAGUAUCUUGGUUCAGCUGCAUUUAGCAAAGUUGUUCAGGCACAUGAUCUUCAAACUGGAAUUGAUGUUUGUUUGAAGAUUAUAAAGAAUGAUAAAGAUUUCUUUGACCAAAGUUUAGAUGAAAUCAAGCUUUUGAAAUUUGUAAACAAGUAUGAUCCGGGGGAUGAACGCCACAUUUUACGCCUUUAUGAUUAUUUCUAUUUUCAGGAGCAUCUUAUAAUUGUAUGUGAGCUUUUACGUGCUAACUUAUAUGAAUAUCAAAAAUACAACAAAGAAUGUGGUGGGGAGCCUUACUUUACAUUGAACAGAUUACAGAUUAUCACAAGGCAAUGUUUGGAAGCAUUGGAGUAUUUGCAUGAAUUGGGCAUCAUUCAUUGUGAUUUGAAGCCUGAAAAUAUUCUUAUUAAAAGUUAUAGUAGAUGUGAGAUCAAGGUCAUUGAUCUUGGAAGCAGUUGCUUUCAAAACGAUAAUUUGUCACUAUACGUGCAAUCUAGAUCAUAUAGGGCUCCUGAGGUCAUUAUCGGAAAUUCAUAUGACCAAAAGAUUGACAUUUGGUCUCUUGGGUGCAUCUUAGCUGAGCUAUCUUCUGGUGAUGUUUUAUUUCCAAAUGAUGCGCUUGUGAUUUUACUUGCACGUGUGAUUGGAAUGCUUGGUCCGAUUGAUAUUGAGAUGUUGGAAAAUGGGCAAGAAACGGAUAAGUAUUUCACAAAAAAUUUUGAUCUUUAUCAAAUAAACGAGGAAACGAAUGAAAUGGAAUACAUAAUCCCACAAGAAACAUCACUUGAAGACCACCUUCAAGUUUCUGAUGAACUAUUUCUUGAUUUUGUGAGGAGUUUGCUUGAGAUUAAUCCCCAAAAAAGACCAACGGCUAGUGAAGCCUUACAACAUCCAUGGCUUCAUUAACCAGACAAAUGUAUAUGAAUCUUGAUUUUGUGAGGAAUUUUCUUGAUUCUAUUUGUUUGUUUAUCUAUUUGUAAUAUGGUAUGGGUUUCUUUUCUCAUACAAAAGUUGCCCUGUUUUGGAGAGGGGGUGUUUGUAGGCUGAGGUGCACAUAUAUAUUGAGACUCGAGAGACCAUUUUGUUUUGCUUCUCUUUGUCCACACAUCAUGUAAAUUCCUUACAAUCACAUAUAUAUACACAUGGUGAAGUUUUAAUACGCA